UUGUCAUCAUUCACCAAAAACAUUGCCUUUCUUUUACUUAAUAAAUUGAGAUACCAAAAAAAUAACAUUCACACAAAGUUACCUAAGAAGAGAUAAUGGGUGGAAUAACAUUUGGUAGACCAACAAAUUUGGCUGGAAAUUCUUCUUAUCCUUCAUCUUCUUCUUCAUCUUUAAGUAACAUUCCAAGGCAUUUUAAUGGUGAUAAAAAUGAGAUUGAGAGUCAAACAUCAAAUGGGUCUUCCAUUGAUUCUGUUUUUGGUUCUGUUCCAACUCGACUCGAGGUCGAAUAUGCAGUUACAGCUUUUCAAAGUUUCAUGAUGGAAGGUCUUUCUUCAUCAAUGUCAAUAUUGAAUCGUCUACAGCCUCUUUUGAACCAUCAUGAUCCAACAAUACUACAAUCUACUGGAUUUCAGAGAGUUUAUGAUGCUUUUCUCCUGUUACAAUCAGUGCCAUCUGUUCGAAGAAUGGUAGUAUCCAUAUCAUCUGAUAGAACUGUGUGGGAUGCUGUAAUGAAGAAUACAGAAGUUCAGGAAUUUCGCCAGUCAUUCCAUCAAGCUAAGGCAAGCAGAACGCAGAGGUCUGAUGAAGAACCUGACUUGGUUUCAAUCAUAUUGAGAUGGAUUUUAGACAACAUGAAGCUUAAAAUUUUGCAACUUAUUGAGAAUUUGAAGUCACUGAUUAGCAAGAGUCUUGAGUCUCCUCAAAAUGAGAACACAAAUGCCGAACUGAAACAUGGUUUUGAAGAGAUGAUCGUCUCUACUGUACUUCUUUCCACCAUCACUCUCAUGAUUGUGCUUGUGACUCGUGCCUAUGGAGCGUAAUCCUUGUUAAUACUCGUUGAUUUGAGUUUAUUAACAUAAUAGCAUGAUAGAUGUACAUAUUUGUGUAUAUUGGAAAUUAGUCAUUUGAUUUCAAAGUUGUGUAUUGAAGCCUUUUGAAAGUUGAUUAUCGUGGAUCAUGGCUUCCCAACCCUUAAAAGGACUUGGACAAUUAUCCAACGGUUAGACAACUAACAGAGGACGAAAUGUUGAUAAUAUGUGGCAAUUACAUUUGAUAUAAAGCCAGUGCAUUCUCCAUUCCAUAUAUGUGCAUGCCAUUCCAUCAAGAACAAUAACACGAUAUCAAUACAUGUCAGUUGUAUCAACGUGUACCGCUUUCCAUGCUGAAUUAGAUGUGGGUCUAAAAUACUCUUACUACAGACAUAACUCUAACGUCGUUAGGUUUUCCUCUCUCCCCUCAAUUUUCUUUCUAUCCACACAUCAUCCUCUAUUGAUGAACCUUCAAGCUUUCUAUUUCCUCCCACCAUCUCCAUUUGUGACAUUUUAACCUCGGAAUUUUGUCUCUCUCCUACCAUCAUCGUCCACUAUUAUUUUUCUUGAAUUUUCAGGUAGUUUCUUGAAUUUUCGGGUAGUUUAGUUCUUUUCUCUCCCCUACCCCCACCCACGUAGACCCCCCACCCCAUCACCCCCAACCCGCUGCCCCAACCCUCCACCACCCCUUUGAAUCAUGCAGCCUCACCUCCCUUGCCCCCUUUGAAAUCUGGCAAUGCUCUUCGUGUUUGCGGUGUUCAUCUAGUGCCGGGGGUGCUGAGUAAGGGGCUCUUCGAUUUUCGCUGCUGUUCUCAUAUCUAUUCUUGUUGGAUGUCGAAAAUCAAAAUGCGGUGGGGGUGAGGUGGGGGUUGCGGAAUUCGAAGGUGGGAGAAGGGUAAGGGGCUGCAGAAUUCGAAGGAGUGGGGGUUAGGUUGGCGGUGAGGUGGGGUCGGUGCUGGGGUUGAAAAGGAGAUGAGUAGUAAGAUUAUUUUAGAACCAAACACAAACCCCAAAGGUAUCUGAAGAAUUUCCUAAAUUUAAAGGAUAAUUUGAAAAUGACGACAAACAUCAGGGAUACUUGAGAAAUUUUCCAAAAACAAAAGAAAUGCUUGUAACCUUUGCUAAGUGAACAAUAUGCAAUGAAAGGUUAAAUAUUCAACUUUUAAUCUAAAUCUUGAAGGUUUCAAUCCAAGAUCGGCCACUACUAUAUAUAUUGACUUUUACUUUUCUAUACAACAGGUCACUUUGCACACCCCCAUCCUCCUAAGUAUUGUACCCAUAUACAUGUCAUGUGGCCAGCUGGCUACAUCCAUUUACCUUUCUUUCUCUCCACAUGACAUGCAUAACAUAUUUCCUCAUCGUACCAAAAUCUGCUGGUCGUCUUUAAAGAGAUAAGAUAACUGGUAAGUGGUGUGAGCAAGAUUCUUUCCUUAAAAAACUAAUCUGGUUAAAGACGAAAAGUGGUUAGACUCAUUCAGCAGCUUUAGCUUUUGAGUUUGCAAAGUCCAUAUAUAUUGUACAGAUACUUGAAACCACACCACUAGCAUCAUUAACAAAAAAUAAUUCGACAAUUUUAUUAUAUAGGAGUACUAUACAAAUAUAUAUUAUCUUCCUUAAUAAUGAAUGCAUCCUAGACAACAUUAACAAAUCAACCACUUUCAUAUUUCAUUUUUGUCAUCCUUUACUGAAACUAUUGGCACCUAAGAAUGGAUGAAGAAACUGGUGGAAGAUCAAUGUUUUCAGCUGCAACUGCAAAUUCAGACACUUCCACCGUUGUUCCCGCCUCGAUUUCGCCAUCAUCAUCAGGUGAUAGACAUGAGAUUGAGAGUCAAAGAUCAAGAGAGUCUUGUUUUAAUUCUGUAUUUGAGUCUGCUCCCACCAAAGCUGAGGCCGAUGACUCGAUGGUAGCCUUCCAAAGUUUCAUGAACCAUGAGGGACCAAGAAUGCUGGUGGAAAAUCCCGAAUUUCAGAUCGUUCAAGAUGCUUUCCAGUUUAUGAAAGUGCCAAUGGUUCAGGAAAUGGUAAUUUCUGUAAUGUGUGAUGGAGGUGUCAUCGCUGCUAUGUUGAGGAACAACGCGGUUCAGGCGUUCUUACAGUCUCUCAUGUUUGGUAAUUCAGCAAGGUUAACAAAUGGUACAACUGCAGCAAACACAGAGGGGUCCGACAGCAUUGUUUUAGUGAUAAUGAAAUGGCUCCUAGAAAACAUGGAGUGUGGAAUUCUAGGAAUAUGUGGUGGUUUGAGGUCAUUUAUUAACAGUGCUACUUUUGAGUCCCCUCAACUCGAGAGCAUAGACUCGGCUAGUUCCAAGCGAGCCAUCGGCUUGACGCUCUUUCUCUCCGUCACCAAUCUCUUGAUCGUGUUCGUAGGGCGUGCCUUGAAAAGAAACCUCCUGAGUUAGAAGUCCUCCUCAACUCAUUACUCAUCCAAAUCACCCAUCCUUGUACUAGUAUUUGACUCUUUCAUUAUGGUUUUGUUGUACUAUUGAGUGUAUUCGUACUUUAUUUAAUAAACGUAUUAUAUCCUAUUGAAAAAUGGUAUCGAAAUAUUAUUAAAUUUUUAUA